AUGUCAGCUCGUUUGUUGCACCCAGACGAGUACGAGCUGGCCUCGCGAUCGUCGGCCGACACGGACGGCACCUUCAAUCUCGACGAUGAUGAUUUCGAGUCUCAAACCCCAGCCACAUCAAGACUCAGGUAUCGGCGAAAACCGUGGCUCACUCGGCUAUUCUCGCCAUCUGGAUAUCGACAGUUGAAGUCCCAUGCGCGACCGAUUUUCCUUCGCUCCGCUCGUUCAAGCUGCGUGCCUCGCUUCUGCGCUCGUCGACGAUGCUGCGGCCUUCAUAUUGUUCUCGGGGUUGUACUGGGCUUGGUCGCAUUCGCCUCUAUCUUCUUCCCUUCAUACACCCACCCUCCCGGACAUUAUGCGACGCUGCGACAGUCGGCAUUGGACGGGAAUAUCGCUGGGCGGGGAAACCCACUUAACCAGAAAGUAUUCAUCGCUGCAAGUCUCUACGAUCGAGGGGGCGAUCUCGCUCGGGGCCAGUGGGGUACGCAGCUACUACAGCUCAUCGACUUGCUUGGUCCGAAAAAUGUGUUUGUAAGCAUAUAUGAGAAUGACAGCGGGAAAGAAGGUGGUGCGGCACUGCGUGAACUGGAGCAACAAAUCCCGUGCGCCAAGUCGAUUGUCUUUGAAGAGCAUCUGGACCUCAAGACCAUCCCGUCGAUCAUUUUACCCGGAGGUGAGACGCGUACACCGCGCAUCGAAUAUCUCGCGGAGCUUCGCAACCGAGCUCUUAAGCCGAUCAACGACCAUCCCGAGACUCGGUACGACAAACUCCUUUACUUGAACGAUAUCUUUUACGAUCCCAUUGACGCUCUGCAACUCUUGUUCUCAACAAACCUGAAUGAAGCAGGAGAGUCGCAGUACCGCGCAGCGUGCGCCGUCGACUUUGAUAACCCUUUCAAAUUUUAUGACACCUAUGCCACACGCGACCUGGAGGGAUACUCAAUGGGAUUACCGUUCUUCCCGUGGUUCUCCAGUGCGGGCGAUGCUGCCAGUCGCUCCGACGUACUGCACGGGAAGGAUGCCGUCCGAGUCCGGAGCUGUUGGGGUGGCAUGGUGGCCUUCGACGCCAAAUACUUUCAAGACCCAUUGCCGGGUGGCACGACUCCAGCACGAUUCCGCUCAACCUCCGAGCUAUUUUGGGAAGGCUCUGAAUGCUGUCUCAUUCAUGCUGAUCUGAAAGAUCCCCAAGCCGGCCUCGACGGGGUCACCGCUACGGGCAUCUACAUGAACCCAUACAUCCGAGUUGCAUAUGACCAACGCACUCUUUCAUGGCUCUGGAUCACCCGGCGAUGGGAGCGUCUGUACUCGCUGAUUCACAAUAUCGGCAAUCAUCUGGUGGGGUUACCAUGGUAUAAUCCUCGUCGAGCCGAGGUGACGGGCGCGCGAGUUGAGGAAACCGUCUGGGUCCCCGACGGCAACCACGAUGGUGGAGGUUCUUUCCAGACAAUCGCGCGUACCGCUGGAAACGAUGGUUAUUGUGGACAUCGAAGUCAACAAGUCAUUGUUGAGAACCGUAAGCCUGGCCAAAAAGGGUUCGAGAAUGUCCCGGUGCCAUCAUGA